CUUUAUGACCGAAGUGAGGGAUAAAUCCAAAGCUUCCCGCUCAAAUAGCUGCAUGACAACGACAAUAAGCAUGCCCGCACCUGAUUCCUUAUGAUGAGUGGCACAGCAGGUAUGGUGGACAUCCGUGCAUCUGAAUACCUCUCAAAUUCCCGGUCCCGGGAUAAUCGUCUGGAUAGACAUGUCAGGCUCCGAUUAUCUUGCUUGGCAUGCCACGUGGUUUCCUCAUUGGAUCCUAUAAAUACCCCUCCUCAGCCACGUCAAAAGGUCAUCCUGGAGGGCAAACGCGGACUGAAGAAGGACUUCUGGUUUGGUGCAAUUACAUUGGCGCCAUCUGUGGGAAUCCGAACUAAAAGCUUUCUAGUUGCUUUUUCAUCAUUGUUCACACUCGAUCAGUCCGAGUUGGUCCCAACUAUGUUCCUUUAUGUUGAUCAUGCAGAAGGAGGAGAUGAAAACCAACCUCAUACCUCAGCUCACAAUUCAACUUCCACUGCCAACCAAGACGUAGUGGCUGCUCAGCUUGCUGCCAUGCAACAACAGUUUGCUCCACAACAGAAUCCUCAACCAGUUCAGCAUGCUCCCACUAUUAGUGAAUCUCAGGGUCAAUCCCACAUAGCACCCGCUCAACAACCCCUCCCUGAUGAUGUUACUCGACGCCUUGAUAGCUUAGAAAAGCUAGUAGCUGAACACCGAGGUGCUAUACCCCCACACCAUGCUGCUGACUCCAUACCUCACCCCCUGAACACCAACAUUACACUGGAACCCUAUCCUGCUGGCUUCAAAAUAGCACAACUGGAGACUUACGACCGGACAAAGGAUCUUGAUGAUCAUUUACAUGCUUUCUACUCUUGCUUGCAAGCUCAGAACGCCUUUGACGCGUUGAUGUGCAAAAUCUUCCCCUCUACUCUCCGAGUAUUGGAGGUUAGUUCCUUUGAUCAAGCUGUGGGGAUUGCAGCUGUGAUCUCCGGUCUUAAACAUGAAAGGUUCAGAGACAGUUUGAUCAAACAUGCUGCCAUCACCUUUAGCGAGGUGAAUGAUAGGUCUUUGAAAUUUAUAACCGUUGAGGAGUAUUCCCUGGCGCAGAAUCCGACUCCUUCUAAGAACCAAAACCCAGAAUGGAGAGAUGACAAUUUGAGCCGGAAAAGAAUGAGGAUGGCGCAGAACCGAGGUCCGAUGCCGACCUCUACAUCGAGAUUCGGAAGGCCGAACUCAACACCCCCGCAACAAUCUGCAGAACAAGGGCCACAGCCUCAAGGAACUCGUAACCCAUCAAACAGACAAGGUGUGGGAUAUCAGCAAAACCCACCUCCGUUCCCACCACCAGCUAGAAUCAUAUACAUGAUCACGGGAGGUCUGGAAGUAGGUGGACUGAGCUCUAAACAGCGAAAGCUGUAUGUCAGAAAGGUUAAGCAUGAGAACAGAGCUCAGAAACGGAAGUUUGACGAUGUUGAGUGGAAGAAUAAACCCAUUACUUUCACAUAUGCUGAUCUUGAUACAGUUGUUACACCCCACAAUGAUCCCUUGGUCACUUCUGUCAUGAUUAACAACUGUGAAGUACAACGUGUCCUUGUUGACACCGGGAGUGCACCAGACAUCAUGUACUUCCAUUGUUUCGAGAGUCUUGGGCUGGAUUCGGCAUUGUUGCAGAAAUAUGAUGCUGUGGUUUCCCAAUCUCACCUUUGCAUGAAGUUCUCAACUCAUAUGGGAAUAGCAACACUGCGAGGAAACCAGGAGGUGGCCAGACAUUGUUAUAUCACCUCGGUAACACAACCAAUGAAGGGCAAAGAUCAGACACCUGAGGCCAUUCCCCAACGAAUUCCUGAUAAUCAACAAGUUAUGGGUGUAGAGAUCGUAGAUAAUCGACCGGAAGAUGAAACCAGAGCUGCUCCGGUUGAAAAUGUUGAAGAAGUGCUCAUUGAUGACAGAGAUCCGAGCCGGAAGACAUAUGCCAGGAAUUCCAAAUUUAGUAUCUCAACACAAGCUCAGCACCAAUCCAUUGAAGAAACCAGUGGCCCAGAAGCGACGAAAGUUGAUUACUACGAAUGGGUGGCUAACCCAGUCCUGGUGAAGAAGGCAAACGGUAAAUGGCAAAUGUGCAUUGAUUACACAAAUCUUAACAAAGCCUACCUGAAGGAUUGCUAUUUGAUGCCGAGCAUUGACAAAUUAGUUGAAGUAGCUUCAGGUAAUGAGAGGUUAAACCUCUUGGAUGCAUAUUUUGGGUAUCACCAGGUGCCGAUGGCUUUCGAAGACGAAGAGAAAACCUCGUUCUAUGCUGGCGAUGAAAUCUAUUGCUAUGUCAUGAUGCCGUUUGGCUUAAAGAACGCUGGUGCUACUUAUCAGAAAAUGGUAACCAUUGUCUUCCGAGCUCAGAUCGGUAGGAAUCUAGAGGUUUAUGUCGAUGACAUUGUGGUAAAGAGCCUGAAAGCAGAAAACCAUCUAGCUGACCUCGACGAAACCUUCAACAACCUCAAAAAGAACAAGAUGUGGUUAAACCCAACCAAAUGCAUCUUCGGAGUGGAGUCUGGAAAGUUUCUAGGUUUCAUGGUAUCUCGAAGAGGGAUUGAGGUCAAUCCAGAGAAGAUCAGAGCAAUUGCCGAGAUGGAACCGUCGAAAUCAGUAAAAGAUAUACAGAGGUUGACGGGAAGGGUGGCAGCUCUUCAUCGGUUCAUAUUGAAUUCAGCAGAUAAGUGCCUGCCAUUCUUCAAGAUUAUGAGGUCAGUCGCCCAGAAGGAUGAAUUAGGAAAACAAAAGGAAUUUGAAUGGAGUCAGGAAUGCCAAACUGCAUUCGUCGAGCUGAAGUCUUAUCUUAGCUCGCCACCUCUACUGACUAAGGCUAUAGAUGGGAAGAUUCUUUAUUUGUAUCUGGGAAUUUCAGAUGAAGCCAUUAGUUCAGUUCUGGUGCGAGAAGAAACCAAGCAGCAGAAACCAAUCUAUUAUAUCAGUAGUGUACUGCACGGAGCAGAGCUGAGGUAUCCUAUAGCUGAGAAAGCAGCAUUAGCAGUUGUCACCUCGGCCAGGAAGUUGAGGCCAUAUUUUCAGUCACACCCAAUUAUUGUCCUCACAAAUCAACCUCUCCGACAGAUCCUACAGAAACUAGAGUGCUCUAGAAGAUUAAUUAAAUGGGCACCCAACGAUUGGACCUUGUAUGUUGAAGGGGCAUCUAGUAGCAAGGGUUCAGGAGUUGGCGCAAUCUUGAUUGGUCCAGAGGGUUAUCGAAGCGAGCAUGCUUUGAAAUUCAAAUUUGAUGCAACAAAUAACAUCGCUGAAUAUGAAGCUCUGCUACUUGGCCUACAGCUAGCAUUGGAGUUGAAAAUCAGUGCAAUUCAAGUAUACAGUAACUCCCAGUCGGUAGUGAACCAAAUCAACUCAAUAUGUGAAGUCGUUGAUCCUAUGAUGGUGAAAUAUGUAGCCUUGGUGGCCGAGCUGAAAUGCAAAUUCCAGAAAUUCUGUCUGAGCAAAAUUCCUCGACCUGAGAAUGAACAGGUAGAUUCACUCUCUAAGUUUGCUUCUGAUAGCUCUUUAAGUUCCAGAUCCGUUUUUGUAGAGGUCUUAGAUGAACCAAGCUUCAUGAAGCCUCAGAUGAUGGAGAUUAGCACAAAUCCCGACACGCCGAGCUGGACUAAUUCAAUCACCUCCUUUUUGCGAGAUGAGAUAGUACCUGAGGACAGGCAGGAGGGAAUGAAGUUGAGGAAGAAAGCAUCCCGGUAUACACUCGUUGAUGGGGUCCUGUAUAAGAGAUCUUUCUCACUUCCUCUUCUACGGUGUUUAAACCCCUACGAAGCUGAAUAUGCACUUCGAGAGGUGCAUGAAGGUGUCUGCGGGAGCCAUGUUGGUGCUAGGACCCUGGCUCACAAAGUCUUAAGGCAAGGAUAUUACUGGCCAAACAUGCACAAAGAUGCCACUUACUUUGUUCAAAAAUGCCCGAAAUGUCAAUUCUUCGCACAUCUGACUCACCAACCAACAAAAGAGCUCACGAACUUGGUAGCACUGUGGCCAUUUGCUCAGUGGGGAUUGGAUCUUUUAGGCCCAUUCUUGAAAGGGGUUAGUGGUGUAACCCAUCUGGUUGUUGGUGUGGAUUAUUUCACAAAGUGGGUUGAAGCUCGACCUUUAUCUAGUCUUACCUCCAAGAAGGUCGAAUACUUUGUUUUCAGCUCGAUCAUCCGCAGAUAUGGGAUCCCAAAUCAAAUUGUGGCUGAUAAUGGAACUCAGUUCAAUUGCUCCUCAUUCCGAGAUUUCUGUUCCAAUUAUGGGAUCAAGUUACAGUUCACCUCUGUUUACCAUCUGGAAACCACGAGCCGAACUGCCACAGGUGAAAAACCCUACCACUUGGCUUUUGGUACCGAAGCAGUCAUUCCUGUUGAAAUAGGAGUCCCAAGCUUCCGGGUCACCCAUUUCGAUGAAGGACGAAAUGGACAACUGCUUCGGGAAAACCUUGAUCUGCUUGCUGAAGUUAGAGAAAAAGCUCGGCUUCGAACUCUUGUAUACAAGCAUAAACUAGCCAACUUCUACAAUAAACGAGUCCGCCCUCGAAUUUUCAAAGUAGGAGACCUUGUUCUCAGAAAAGCUGGCCUAACAAGGUUUGAAACUCAUUUUGCAAACUCGCUCUAAAUUGGGAAGGUCCUUAUACCGUGGCCGAGGUGCCACAUCUUGGUGCCUAUGUCCUCUAAGACACUGAAGGAAAGAGAGUUCCUAGAGUCUGGAAUGUCAAUAACUUAAAGAAAUUUUACCCCUAAUAAAAUCCUUUCAAGAAAUCUGUCUUACAGUUCUUACUUCAUGAUUGUUGAGAUUCAUUUUACCUAUUAUUCUAUGUAUCCGAGGUCAAUCAGUCCUUAAACCUCACUUCUGAUUAAUAAAUGUCACUUCACAUA